AUGAGGAGUGCCGAAGUGAAGAAACUGAAAGUGAAUGAGCUAAAAGAGGAGCUCGGUCGGCGCGGCCUGGACACCAAGGGACUGAAGGCUGACUUAGUGGAGCGGCUCAAGGCGGCUUUGGAGACCGAGGCGGAGGCCGAAGCGGGGGCUGCGGAGGCCGGAGGAGCUGCGGGAGUAGAACAGAACCAGGACCAAUAUGGAACCUCGAUGGAGAGGCCAGGAGAUGGAGAUGAGGGGUUCUCAGCCCGUUUGUUGCAAGAUGAGGGAUUCCAGAAUGAAGAUUCUGUAGAUUCUGGUGCAGGAGGAGCUCCUGAGGAGGAGACCACGACACAGCCAGGGCUGACCCCACUGGAGGAGAGCGAACCAGCCCAGGCAGAGCACCAGAUCCAGGGGCGGCCUGACACGGAGCCAGAGUAUGAAGUGAAGGUGGAGGUGAAGAAAGAGGAGGUGGAGAAGAACGAGAGCGAGCAGCAACCUGAUCAGCAGCAGCCGGACAUGCGGCUGCAGCCAGGGGCGGAGCCUACCAACAAGAAAGGAGACAGACAGAAAGGAGACAGACAGGAAGGAGACAGACAGAAAGGAGACAGACAGAAAGGAGACAGACAGGAUGGCGACAGACAGGGACGCAAGAGACCUUACGACGAGGGCCGGGGCCAUGGUUACUAUGAGCACCGUGAGGACAAGAGGUCCCGGUCACCCCAGCCUCCCGCUGAAGAAGAGGAGGAGGACUUUGAUGACACUUUGGUGGCUCUGGACACAUAUAACUGUGACCUGCACUUCAAGGUGUCGCGUGACCGCUACAGUGGCUAUCCUCUGACCAUCGAGGGCUUUGCCUUCCUCUGGGCUGGUGCCAGAGCCUCCUACGGUGUCAGCAAGGGGAAAGUCUGCUAUGAGAUGAAGGUCUGUGAGGAGAUAUCUGUGAAGCACCUCCCCACAUCUGAACAGGACCCCCAUGUGGUCCGGAUAGGAUGGUCACUGGACUCCAGCAGCACACAACUGGGUGAGGAGGCAUUUUCUUUCGGAUACGGAGGUACAGGAAAGAAAUCCAGCAACUGUAAGUUUGAAGACUACGGAGAGAAGUUUGGAGAGAAUGAUGUCAUCGGCUGUUUUAUUGACUUCGACACUAAUGGGGACCAGGUGGAGAUGGCAUUCUCAAAGAACGGGGUGUGGCUAGGUGUUGGAUUUCGGGUGUCGAAGGACGAGCUGGCGGGGCGCCCCCUGUUCCCCCACGUCUUGGUGAAGAACUGCGCCAUCGAGUUUAACUUUGGCCAGAUGGAGGAACCCUUAUACCCCCUACCGGAGGAGUAUUGCCUCAUCCAGCGUGUUGGGCUGGAGGACCGCACCAGAGGGGCUGUUGGACCAGCUAGCAAGUCUGGCUGUGAGAUCCUGAUGAUGGUGGGUUUGCCGGCUUGUGGGAAGACGACCUGGGCGUCCAAGCACGCUCAGAACCAUCCAGAGAAGAAAUACAACAUCCUUGGAACCAACGCCAUCAUGGAGAAGAUGAAGGUGAUGGGCCUGCGUCGCCAGAAGAACUACGCUGGCCGAUGGGACGCGCUGAUCCAGCAGGCCACUCAGUGUCUCAACCGCCUAAUCCAGAUCGCCGCGCGCAAGAAACGCAACUACAUCCUGGACCAGACAAAUGUUUAUGGAUCAGCCCAGAGACGAAAAAUGCGUCCUUUUGAAGGGUUUCAACGCAAGGCUAUAGUAAUAUGUCCCACGGAGGAGGACUUUAAAGAGCGAACGUUAAGACAAACUGAUGAACAGGGGAAGGAUGUACCAGAUCAUGCUGUGUUAGAGAUGAAAGCCAACUUUGUGCUCCCGGAGCCCAGUGACUUCCUGGAUGAGGUGUUGUUUGUGGAGCUUCAGCGGGAGGAAGCCGAGAAGCUGGUGAAGGAGUACAACGAGGAGGGACGCAAAGCCGGCCCGCCCCCCGACAAACGCUACGACAACCGAUCGGGAGGGUUCCGCGGCAACAGCGGAGGCUACCAACGCUAUGACGACCGUGGCGGUCCUCGUGGGGGAGGCUACCAGGGCAGAGACGGAGGACCAGGAGGAUUCCGUGGGGGUAAGGAAGGAGCAGACUGUGCCUCAGGCUACAACCGUGGCAGCUACAACAGCAACCGUUGGGGGGGUAACGGUAACUAUGGUGAGGGAGGAUCGGCCCCGAGGGGAGGCUACAACCGCAACCAGCAGUCAGGAGGCUACAACCACCCAGGACCCUACAACAAGGGGGGGUACAACCAGGGCUACAACCAGGGCUACAGUCAAAACUACAGCCCCAGCGGUUACAACCAAGGAAAUUACCAACCUGCCUACAACUACGGCAGCUACAGCCAGUACCCCGGCUACAGCCAGACGCAGACCUACAGCCAGUCUGCACCCUCCACCCCCCCUGCCGGUCAGGCCUACAGCCAACAGAACUACAACCAGCAGUACCAGCAGUACGCCCAGCAGUGGCAGCAGUACUACCAGAACCAGUCACAGUGGCAGCAGUACUACAGCCAAUAUGGGAACUACGCUGCCCAGGGUCAACAAGGUCAGGGUUCACAGGGUCAGCAGCAGGGGCAGGGAGGUCAGGGGGCAUCGGGCUCUUCCCAGUAACCUCUGACAUCUGACCGUCAAUGGGUUGACAUGGUCGGCAACUGAGUUGACAUGGUCUUGUCCCCACACACACACACACACACACACACACACACACACACACUACAUCACUGCCUCUGUCAAAUAUGGGCGGACACACGCUUAAGUGUUAAUUUACCCACUGCAGCUUUCUCCUAGCCAGCAUUAACUGUGUGUCCUUUUUUUUAAGAACUUAAAACAAUGAUGUCUUAUUUAACAUGAGAGUAGAUCCGAUUUGUAUAGAAAACAAAACGUCGUCCUCUGAACUAUGCAUCACGGGCAAUCUACAGUCUGUUCACAAGCUCGGAUUUUCUAUUUCGUUAACAAUAGUGUAAAAAAAGAAAGAAUGGAAAAACAGCAGGGAUGAAGAUGUGUGGAAGAGUUCAGGUGUAACAGAUUAUGUCUGAAAUAGCUUGUUUCUUUGAUUUUAGUUGGUAAACAAACAUUUAAUUUAGGGCCACAAACACAACUUGUCUUGUUUUUAUGCAUCAUCUCCCCAAGUAGUUUCCAGUUUUUUUUUAUUGUUUUCGCCCAUCUUUAAUUCUUGCUUUACAACAAUCUGUUGAAAUAUUAUUUUGUGUACAUUUCAGAAGUCUUUGUGGUCCAUUCCUGAUAGAGGUAGAUACUGUCAAAAAGAUGUUCAGAUGAUUUUUAAAGGUGUUAAUAGUAUUUAAAGAUCCACUAUGUGUUCACUGGUUUUACCUACGGAAUGUCUCGAUGUUCCGGUUAAAUUGUUUUGUCUGUACAAUUUAAUUUAAUUAUUUUGUAAAUUUGUUUGUAAGCGUUGUAUGACUUUGUGUUCAAUCUUGUCAGAUAUUUUUUUAUUGGACAAUAAUAAUACACCUAACUGAU